GCCGCCACCACCGCCGCCACCGCCAUCAGCUACCAGCAAAACUCUGCCGAGGUUACCAGGAGGCCUUCACCCGUACACAAACGUGGCACCUUACGAAAUAGUGGCCGACGUUCAUGAGAACAGCUCUGACACAGAGUCCAUUCCACCUCCGCCGGAGUUCGGUGAUAGCAGCAGCUCGGGCCGCGACAAGAGCCCUCUGCGUCGACUCCACGCCCUCUCCUCAGCCAGCAGCACCUCCAGCGGGCCUCCCGUGCCGCUACCGCCCAAACCCGCCCCCGCCCCCGCCCCGGACGCGCCGCCCGCGCCCCUGCCGCCCAAACAGAAACGGCGGGAGGCCGGCCACCGCGCCGCCCCCGCCGCCGCCCCCACCCAAAACGGCGACUCCUGCCGCCCACAAGGCGCCUCCCCCGCCACCCCCUCCCCCUCCGCCGCCCCCGCCGCCACCCCCUCCACCCCCGCCUCCUCCGAGCCAGGGCGGCAGCGCCGAGUCGUCCGCGGCAGAGGGCAGCACCUCCGAGGAGCAGACUCUGCGGCCCAGUCAGCUUAAACAGGCGUCCCAGGGCGCCGACACCAGUCUUUCAACGCUGCGGGAAGCGCGUCAGGUCCGCGGCAGCCGCCCCACCUCCCUGCCCGCGGACGCCGGGGAGCACCUUUUCUGCCCAGCUGCAGGCGGUGACAGGCGACCCGUCCAGCUCGGCCGGCACCCUGCUGACCACCGCCGCCAAACUCAAACACAUGCCGGCCGUGCCGUUCAUCCCGCCCAAGUUCCCGUCGCUCGCCGACCCCAACCAGCUCAUCAAACCGUCAGAGUACCUGCGCUCGAUCGGCGGCCGGCCGAUUGCGCCGCCUGGCGGCCGGCAGACGGCGCCACCGUCGGAGCAGGGCGCCGAGGACGGUCCCGUCAGCCUGAGCUCCGACAGCGGCGUGGACUCGAUCGCCUCGUCCCAGCCGGCGCCGCCGCCGCUGCCGGCGAUCCCUGAGGCGGCCCAGGAGGGCGGACCUCCGCCUCCCCCGCCCCCUCCGGCUCCUGCGGCCGGUCCGCCGCUGGUGGCUAUCUCGGCCAGUCAGCUGCAGCAGGUGCAGCUGAGGAAGACGGCCGACAAACUCACCAAGACCUACUCGGCGCCCGUGGGCGGCGCGACAACAGCCAACAACAACAUGUUGGUGAAGAAAGACGACGUCAUCGCCGAGCUGAAGCGCAGCAAGGACAUGGAUGGCGUACGAAAACUGCGGGAGGAGCGGGCCAAGUCGGCCGUGCAGAUCCUCCGGGAGGAGAGCAAGGAGAUGAGCAAGGAGUUCACCGCCGAGGCUUUCCUCAGCGAGAUUCCCGAGACGGACGCGGCCGGUAACACGAUUCCGGCGUGGAAGCGACAAAUGAUGGCGCGAAAGGCAGCUGAGCGCGCCAAAAUCGCCGCCGAGGAGCAGCGUCUGAAGGACCUGGAGCAGCAGAAGAUGCAGGCGCUGCCGCCCUGGAAGCGGCAGCUGAUCGCCAGGAAGGAGGAAGAGGACGCCAAACGCCGCUCGAUGACCAGCUGCCGACGGGUGCCGAUGGCGGCGCCCACCCCCGAGGAAAUGAUGAAGACAAGAGCGGCAGGACCGCUGGCCGUGCACCGGUAGUAGAGGCUGCCGGCCGGGAGGGCGCUCUGUACCGCUCGUGGGUGUUCUGCCCCCGGCUAGGGACGUUGAGUGCCGACCUGCAGGACCUGCAGGUUCUGUCCCGGCCCCGGGGAGUCCUGUCCCGGCCCAAGGCGUCUUGUCCCGGCCCGAGGCGCUUCGUUCCGGCCAUGGGCGUCCUUGUGCCGGCGCGGCGCGUCCCAGUUGUGCCGUCCGAUCGGAGGCCGCAGGCGGACUCUCGGUCCCGCCGGCAGACGGACCGGACCUUCCGUGGUGAUAUCUCUGCUUACCGUCCGCAGCCGCCGUCCGUGGGGUGAUGUAUGGUGAGUGGAGUCCCCAGUCACCACUGCACUGUCGACAGUGGCGACGUCUGAGACAGAGCCUCUCUCGCUCAGAGAGCCGCCACAAACACAUGUGUCAGGCUCAGCCAGCAGCCGACAGAGGCCACUCGGCUGUAAUAGACACCGCGAGGAGCCGCCGUUCUGCGCACCAACCUUGAGAGAAGCUGCUGGAAGGACAGGAGGACGCGCGCGGAUUCCAGGCAGGAGGGCGCCGGCAGCCGGUGUCUCCUGCUCGGGGGGACGUGGGGGGGGGGGUCUCAGCACUGCGUGCUGACCGGGGCGACACGGGACAAUGCCAUGUGAUACUGUGUCCCGUGCGCCCCGAGGCGGCUGCGUCUGGUUGACGCAUCAGAUGUGCGAGCGUGUUGAAAGUGUGGAAGUGUGAGUGCUUGCGAUUGUGGACAGUAGCUUAUAACUAAUGUUCAUUUGUCCAGAGAAUGCAUGUUUGGAGUGAGUGUGUUUAUCUAGUGCUUAUCACUUGCUCUGUUAACCAUGGGUCGAAUGCCAGCAGGACAUACUUGGUCGUAAACGUCUUUGGAUGCUUUUAGAUGGCUUAGGUCUCAUAUGUGUUAAACACGUAGACGAGACAUUUUCUCUGAACACUUUUCAGUGAUUGGAAAGUGCUUAAAGAGAUAACGCAGAAGUAGAAUUGUAUGUACGGACGUUUUGACAGGCGUCGUGAUAUGAAUUCAAGGAAUGUAUGAAGACUUUACGUGACAAGAUGACGUAUAUUCGACUACAUAACAGCAGAGCUACAUAAGUAGAUUUUGAACUACGUGAUGAUCUGAAAUACAACUGGUUGGAUACCACGAA